AUGAGGGAGGAGAAGGAAAAAAAAGGAGAAAAAGGAGAAAGAGGAGAAAGAGGAAAAUCGACUGGCAAAAGGAGGGAGGCGGGAAAGCGACGGGUAGGAGAGACGAGAAAGAGGAAAAGGAGGAGAAGAUUGAAGAAGAAGCAGGAGGAAGAGUGGCAAGAGGAGAAAGAGAAGGAGAAAGAGGAGAAGCAAGAGGAAAAGAGAGACGAGGAAGAGGAAAAGGAGGAGAAGAUUGAAGAAGCAGGAGGAAGAGUGGCAAGAGGAGAAAGAGAAGGAGAAAGAGGAGAAGCAAGAGGAAAAGUAGGUGAAGAAGGAGGAGAGAAGAGAAGUCACUCGAAAGAUCAAGACCCAUCAAUUUGCGCGAAGGAAACGAAGAAAAUAAGGAAAAAAAGGAGGAUAAGAGUGAAGAAAGAUGGGGAGGACGAAAAGGAGAAGGAGAAGGAGAAGGAGAAGGAAGAGAAAAAGUAAGGGAAGAAAGAGAAAGAGAUGUAGAAGAUGAAUGAAAAAGAGAAAAUAGAAGAGGAGGAAGAAGAAGAAAAAAAAGAAUGAGGGGGGAGUAGGAGCAAGAAAGCAUAGAGAACGCGGAGAGAAGGAGAAAAAGGAAAAUCGGCUGGAAAAAUAAGGGAGGAAAAACAACUGGAAGGAGAAAUGA